GUGUUGGGGAAUUCCCCGCAGGGCGGAAGCUCGAGAAUUCCAGGCAGAGCCCAGCGACAGGCGGGCUGCCGCUGGGGGCCCCUGAGGCUUCGGGGGCCAUGGCUGGGGUUGCGUGCUUGGGGAAAGCUGCGGACACCGAUGAAUGGUGCGACAGUGGCCUGGGCUCUCUGGGUCCGGACGCAGCGGCCCCCGGAGGACCAGGCCUAGGCGCGGAGCUGGGUCCGGGACUAUCGUGGGCGCCCCUCGUCUUCGGCUACGUCACUGAGGAUGGCGACACGGCACUGCACUUGGCGGUGAUUCAUCAGCAUGAGCCCUUCCUGGAUUUCCUCCUGGGCUUUGCUGCUGGCACUGAGUACCUGGACCUGCAGAAUGACCUGGGCCAGACAGCCCUGCACCUGGCAGCCAUCCUGGGGGAGGCAUCCACAGUAGAGAAGCUGUACGCCGCGGGUGCCAGUUUGCUGGUGGCAGAGCGUGGGGGCCACACAGCGCUGCACCUGGCCUGCCGCGUCCGGGCACACGCCUGCGCGCGCGCGCUGCUCCAGCCCCGCCCCCGGCGCCCCAGGGGAGCUCCCAACACCUACCUCGCUCAGGGCUCUGACCAUACCCCUGACACGGACCACACCCCAGUGGCCUUGUACCCUGAACCUGACCUGGAGAAGGAAGAGGAUGAGAGUGAAGAGGACUGGAAGCUGCAGCUGGAGGCUGAAAACUAUGAGGGCCACACCCCACUCCACGUGGCUGUCAUCCACAAAGAUGCCGAGAUGGUCCGACUGCUCCGAGAGGCUGGAGUCGAUCUCAACAAACCGGAGCCCACGUGUGGUCGGAGCCCCUUGCACUUGGCAGUGGAGGCCCAAGCGGCUGACGUGCUGGAGCUUCUCCUGAAGGCCGGUGCCGACCCUGCUGCCCGCAUGUACGGUGGCCGCACUCCCCUUGGCAGUGCCACGCUCCGGCCCAACCCCGUCCUCGCCCGCCUCCUCCGUGCACACGGCGCCCCUGAGCCCGAGGACGAGGACAAGCCCGGUCCUUGCACCAGCAGCAGCGACAGCGACAGCGGGGAUGAAGGCGAUGAAUACGACGACAUCGUGGUCCACAGCGCCCGGAGCCCCAACCAGCUACCUCCCACGCCAGCCUCAAAACCGCUCCCUGACGACCCCAUCUGACUUCAUAGAGUUUCCAACUUAAUAAAACUCCAGUUCUGACAA